CCCCAUUCUGAGUCGUGCUGGGUCCAGGCACGCGGUCCGUGAGUACAGCCCCUUCCCCGAGAUAGCCAUGAACAGGUGCAGGCACAAUGGGGGAGCCAUCCGACCGCUCAGCGUCUUGGGCGCCUCCCCCCCACACCCACACGGGCCAGAUGCUGAGAUGCAGCCCCUGGAGACCUUCCCCGACUCCGGCUUGGAGGUGGUGGUCGCCAAGGCCGAAUGUGUCAAGGGCUCAGACCCCCAGCUGGACGGACUGGCGGAGGGAGCCAGGGGGCGCAGCCACCGCCAUAAGAGGAACCAGAACAUCGGCCACCGGCUGGGCCACCGACGAGUUCUCUUUGAGAAGCGCAAGCGGCUGAGCGAUUAUGCCUUGAUCUUCGGCAUGUUCGGGAUCGUGGUCAUGGUGACAGAGACCGAGCUGUCCUGGGGCAUCUACUCAAAGGAUUCAUCCUACUCGUUUGCCCUGAAAUGCCUCAUCAGCCUCUCCACCGCCAUCCUCCUGGGGCUCAUCAUCAUGUACCAUGCGCGGGAGAUCCAGCUGUUCAUGGUGGACAAUGGUGCGGACGACUGGCGGAUCGCGAUGACCUAUGAGAGGAUCUUCUUCAUCACGCUGGAGCUGCUGGUCUGCGCCAUCCACCCCAUCCCCGGGCAGUACUUCUUCACCUGGACGACCUGCCUGGCCUUCACCUACGCCACCUCGGAGGCCAGCGCCGACGUGGACAUCACCCUCUCCGUCCCCAUGUUCCUGCGCCUCUACCUGAUUGGCCGUGUGAUGCUCCUGCACAGCAAGCUCUUCACCGACGCCUCUUCCCGCAGCAUCGGGGCCUUGAACAAGAUCAACUUCAACACCCGCUUUGUCAUGAAGACCCUGAUGACCAUCUGCCCCGGGACCGUCCUCCUGGUCUUCAGCAUCUCCUCCUGGAUCAUCGCGGCCUGGACUGUGCGGGUGUGUGAGAGGUACCACGACAAGCAGGACAUGACCAGCAGCUUCCUGGGGGCCAUGUGGCUGAUCUCCAUCACCUUCCUCUCCAUCGGCUACGGAGACAUGGUUCCCCGCACCUCCUGUGGGAAGGGGGUCUGCUUGCUCACUGGGAUUAUGGGCGCAGGGUGUACCGCACUAGUGGUUGCCGUUGUGGCCCGGAAACUAGAACUCACCAAAGCUGAGAAACACGUCCACAACUUCAUGAUGGGCACACAGUUAACAAAGCGGGUGAAAAACUCAGCGGCCAAUGUGCUCAGGGAAACGUGGUUGAUCUACAAGCACACCAAGCUGGUGAAAAAACUCGACCACGCCAAAGUGCGGAAACACCAGCGUAAGUUCCUCCAAGCCAUCCAUCAGUUAAGAAGCGUGAAGAUGGAACAAAGGAAACUCAGCGAUCAAGCCAACAUGCUGGUGGAUCUAUCAAAGGUUCGCAGGAACGACAUGUACGACAUGGUGUCAGAACUGCAAGAGCACAACGAAGACCUGGAGAAGCGCAUCAGUGCUUUGGAGGGCAAAAUUGACAUGCUUGGGUUCACCCUGCAUGCGCUGCCGAGCCUUGUCAGCCAAGCCAUAUGGCAGCAGCACCAGCACCGGGCACCACCCCGGGUCUACGGCACCUCUGGUGGCUCCGAACGCUCUUCGUGGACACCCACGCGGCGGAGGAGGUCUCCCUCCACCACGCCCCACACAUCUUCUGACAGCGGGUGAUGCGGGCCUGGAGCACCAGAACCGGCUCCCUCUACAUAUGGCCAUUGUGUUGCCAGAUUCCCUCUGAGCGUUUUUCUGGG